CGCGUGCAUUGCUAGCUUGAGCUAGUCAUACAAAACCCAAAUGGGUUUUGCUCAAAACAGCUAUUCACAGAAAACUCACCCAAGAAAUUUUCCUAGAAACCAUGCCCUUUUCUCGUUUUCUUUUCUUUUCGGCCAAACAACGCUCAAUAGAGGCUUUCAAUCUACUUCGGAGGUCUGGCCUCCCUAAGAGAAUUCAUUCUCGUAGUUAUGCAAAUUCAUCGAAAAGUGCUAAUGGGAAGACAGAUAUUAGACCCCCGAUGACUGUAGAAACACCAGCGGCUUCUCGCACUAGGGCUUCCUAUGUUAUUCCAGCUGCUGGUGUACUAUUCUUUGCUGGGUUGGCAACUUUCAUUCAUUAUAAUGAUGAGAGGAGAGUAACUUUAAAAGGUCAGGGUAACUGCCCAUGCGUAAACAAUCUCAGGGGCCCUAUAAUCGGUGGUCCCUUCACUUUAGUGGACAUGGAGAACCACACUGUCACUGAACGAAAUCUUUUAGGAAAUUGGGUUCUUCUCUAUUUUGGAUAUACUUCUUCUCCUGAUGUUGGACCGGAACAACUCCAGUUGAUGGCCAAGGCCAUAAACAUAUUAGAAUCGAGACAUAACUUUAAGAUUCUACCAGUAUUUGUUACACUUGAUCCACAACGUGAUACCCCUUCUCAUCUCCGUGCCUACCUUAAAGAGUUUGAAUCAAGGAUUGUAGGGUUAACAGGACCUGUAUCAGCUAUAAGGCAGAUGGCUCAGGAAUACCGUGCUUAUUUUAGGAAGGUUGAAGAAGAGGGCGAUGACUAUCUUGUUGAGUGUUCCCAUAACAUGUAUUUGAUGAACCCAAACAUGGAAGUUGUGAGAUGCAUUGGUGUAGAGUACAAUACAGAUGAACUGUCAGAAGCAAUUGUAAAGGAAGUGAAAAGAACCUCAACUGACAAGAGCUAGAAAGUUUUGUGAAGCGUCGUAAUGGAGAUUUUUCCAUUCCACUUCCCCCCAUCUCUCUCUCUCUCUCUCUCUCUCUCUCUCUCUCUCUCAGGCAUACAUACGACAGAAUUCGAAUGUCGCUCUUGAUUAAGCAGUAGUUUAGAACUUUUGUAGAAUGUGUUAAGUUUCUUGAUUCGGAAUAGUCAUCAGACAAGAAUAUAGAAAAGUUGAGUAGCAAUGUCAUAUUUGUUUUAAAGGCUACCCCAAAUUCAAUUCAGCUUAACUUCAUUGGUUAUAGACAAGAACAUGUAUUGCUUUUCAAAUUGUUAGGAUAUCAAGACCUAAUUUGUGAAUCCAUUGCAAUGAGAAGCAAUGGGUUACAACUGGAUAGCGACUUUUUUUGUUUUUCCUGAAAAAAAUGAAAUCAGUCCUAGACCUAA